AUGAGGUUCUUACAACUCAACCUCAAUCACUGCGAAGUUGCUCAGGACAUCUUGAAACGUAAGGACAUCAACGCCUGGAUAUCCGAUAUGACAGGAGGUGUGUCGAUAUGGAUUUGUGGGAGGUGGCCUAUAUCCUCGCAUAAGGCAGGCCAAACUACAAGUUUUGUCUAUGCGAACGUCAAGGGCAUGCACUUGUACAGCUGCUAUGCACCACCAGGGUGGGACCGAGAGGUGUUCGAGAGUUUUCUGAGUAAUCUGGUUUCGGAUGCAAGGGGCAAAAGUCCAAUGAUAAUAACGGGCGACUUCAAUGCUUGGGCGGUUGAGUGGGAGCUGGACCUCUGCGUGGCUAAUGUGAGAGCAGUGCAUACAUUCCGGAGAGCUGGCGUCGGAUCCGCCAUAGACGUCACCUUUGUGAGCACAACGCUAAUGGAAAGGAUACACGGAUGGACAGUUAGUGAGCACUACAUGGGUAGUGAUCAUCAAGCCAUCAUAUAUGAAGUCAGGGCACCUGAACGACUCCAACAUGUGAGAACUAGACCGUCGGUCGGUUGGAGAGCUGCUUCCUUCGAUGUGGACAUCUUUCGGGUAUGUCUUAACGAUGUACCCCUAGGGGAUGCCCAGUCCAUGAUAUACCGAACAAUGUAUAACAUCAAGACAACACAUGAUGCGAGUAUGCCGAGAAGAAGACCGGAUGGAAGUUGUCGCCCCCCUGUCUACUGGUGGACGGAUGGAAUUGCGAAUCUUAGAAGGCGUAAAAAGGCGAAAAGGCGCUACCAACGAGCAAGAGGAAGACCGACAUUCACAGUGCUACAGGAAGCAUACAAACAGACGCGCCGCGAGUUAAGAUUGGCCAUCAAGAGGAGCAAGAAGCGGUGUAGUGAGGAGCUGUGUUGCGAGGUGGAUGGAGACCCAUGGGGUAGACCGUAUAAAACUGUUAUGAGCAAGCUGAAAGGGUUUCGUACGCAAUCACCCACGUCCUCUAUCUUGUUACAAAACAUCGUGGGUACCCUUUCCCCGGAGCAGCACGAGCAACCACGCGCCAUGGAACGACCUGGAAACAACGAGGCUAUUCCGGAGGUAUCGGUGUAA